GAGUCUGAACAGCAUAACCCUACUUUCCGGAAAAACGUCAAAUUUUGUAGGUCCAACACGUGUGGAAGUUGAACGCUGCAAUGUUCAAAUAGUGAAGGAUUUAGUGGGUCACAUAUUUUGAAAUGAAGAAAAACUGCUGACUUUUUGUUUAAUGGAUUCUGACUCGGAAGCGUCUGUUCAAGAAAAACCAUUCAAAUGUAAGGUAGUCGGUUGCAUUGCAUCGUUUUCGAAAAAUAGAAAACUAGUUAACCAUCUCAAAAGACAUUCAGGCGAACGUCCUUUUGCGUGUGAUGAAGAAGGAUGUGAUAAAACCUACACCAAUAGUUCCCACUUGCAAAGACAUAAAAAAAAUAGCCAUGGACCGAAAACUGAGACUGAACGAGUUAUGUGUAACUAUGAUGGCUGUGGAACUACGUUUGCCAAUAUGUAUUCACUCAAAAAGCACUGUACCCGUAAACAUAAUUCUGAGCAUUACCCAUUCAAGUGUGGUGAGUGCUCUCAAGGCUUUGAUCGAAAAAAACAGUUGCAGCACCACAUGUACCUUCAUACUGGAGAAGCCAUGUUCAGUUGUGAUAAAUGUAACAUGAAAUUCACAACGAAUUAUUAUUUAAACAAACAUAAAAGGCACCACCGUGAUUACUACUGUGACUGUGGUGAGGUAUUUUAUCGAUGGUCCUUGCUACUUGCACAUAGGAAGAUAUGUCAUAAAAAACAAUAUGCGUGUGAUAUUUGUGAUAAAGUAUUUUCUGAAGAAAGGAAUAUGAAAAAUCAUAAACUAAUUCAUGUAGAUCAGUCACAAAGAAAAGUGUUUGUUUGUGGUUACCCAGAUUGUAAAAGGUUCUUCUUUUAUAAAAGAAAUCUCAAAUAUCAUAUUGAAAACUUUCAUCAAAAAAUCAAUGCACACAAGACUUUUAAGUGCACUUAUCCCAAGUGUCAAGUUGUUCUUAAAACAAAGCAAUCACGAAGGCAACAUCUGGAGAGACAUUUUAAAUGGAAGAUGAACAAGAAACGAAAAAUUCGCCGUGAUAAAGGACAAGCAAAAAAAUCAAUAUCAUCUCGUUUGAUAGUCAGAGGCACACUACAAGAAAUUCACGAGAGAGUGACUAGUGAGCAAAAUGAAGCUGAAAGCUCUAGUACACAAGAACAGGUUUGUCUUGUUCAGGAUGUAGCAGAAGAAGAUGACCCUAUAUUAAAACAAUGUCAAGUGGUGUUAAAACUGUUAAAUGAAAAAUUAGUUAACGCAAGUUGACCUGUAGUUCUUCCGUGGAAAGUAAAGAAAAUAAUUAUAGAAUGAGUGAACUUUUUUGUUAGUAAUAAUAUCUUUACUAAUAAAAAAAUUAAAAAUUACGGGUA